AUGCUGAAGUAUUUUAGGGGUUUGAGGUAUCCUUUAACAGAGAAAUUACAUUUUUCAUGUUGCUUCCUCUUUUAAUGGUGUUGACUUGCUAUGUUAAGGUAUGUUUUCAUGCUUAUGAUCAAUGUAUUUAUGAUGGGAUUGUUAUUCUGGGGCUCUAGUUAUCUUCUGUCCAUGAUUUGAGCAUUUCCAUGAAACAUGUUUUGUAUGUUCACAGGUGGCACGCUGUGUGAUCCGCUGCUCUGCAGCCCUGUUGGAUGGGAGGCCUCUCUCGUCGAUCUGGAGACCCAAAUUAGUGCUGAGAAGGAGAAGGAGAGUGCUACUCAUCCCACCUCUCUGCCAAUCCUCCGUCAGCUUCAGUGGCAGAAGACAAUAAACUCAUCCUCCAGUAUGCCAGCGGUGCAUCCCGCCGUUAGCAUUUAA